AGUCAGACGAUUGAAUCUUGAGAAUCCAGCGUUCUUGAUACCGCGGAAACUAAAGUCGCCUCAGGUAUUUAUUUACAGUCACAGAUAAUACUUGCGUUACGCCUGUGGAACAAGCGACGAGUUGUAUUAUAGGGUGAGUUUAUCAUGGGACAGGCUGCAUCAAAGCAAGAAGAGUUUUGGGAAGCCUGUGGGUUUGGUCGACCACACAUUGUCAGACAGUUCAUUCAGGAGGGCAUUGAUGUAAACUGGAGAUCCUACACUCAUGACUGUUGUCCAAUCCAUGUUGCCUCCCAAGGAAAGCCUGAGAUUGUCCAACUCCUGCUAGAGGCCAAAUGUGAUGUCACUGUAACAGAUAUUCGAGGCAACACCGCUCUGCAUCAUGCAGCUAUGAAGGGGCAUGCUGACAUCAUGGAGACACUUAUUAAGGCAGGAAUACAGCUUGAUGCUCAGGACAAAAACGGUUGGACAGCGCUGCACAACACCUGUUAUUGGAACUACCCUGAAGCUGUCAAGGUGCUGAUUGAGCAUGGAUGCGAUAUCCAUCUGAGAAAUAAGGAUAACCGAACAGCUCUUCAUGAAACAGCACGUUCAAAGUGCACUGAUGGCCGCAAAUUGAGUGCUAUCACCCAGCAGCUUGUGGCAGCAGGAAGUGAUGUCAACGCAAAGGGCAGUGACCUUGGGGAGGUUGAUUUCACUGCACUAAUGUUUGCUUCCUACCAUGGGCACCCGGAAGUGGCCACAGUGCUGAUAGAGACAGGGUGUCACCUCAAUGACUGUGGCUCAAACUGGUGGACAUCACUUCACUGGGCAGCUGACCGUGGUCAAGAGGAAUUAGUGUACAUCCUACUUGAGGCAGGGGCUGACCCCACGAGGAAAGGAACUCGAGGAGAACUUGCCGCAGAUCGCGCCAGAACUGAUGACUUGAAGGAAGUUCUGAAUAAUGCUGCCAACAUGUAUGAGGAACUGAAGGCAUUAGAAAAACAGAAUAUGUCUGAUCCAUCACAUCGCCUUUCACAAACAAGUUUUUGUAGUACAUCUAGCCUCAACCACUCACCCAGCAAUGUGGGGCCUCAUAGUCUAGUUGAGAGAUGUCAACUCUCACCACCAUUGAGUCCAUCGAAACAAAGUGACCUUGCUUCCCUGAUUGAGAAGAUUAAUCAGACGACAGUGAAGCUACAACAAGCAGCAAGGCAUGAUAAGUGCAGGCAGGCUGGUAACAGGCCCGAAGAUAUCAAGACCUCAAGACUGGAUGGUGGAGACAGCAACACUCAAGAUUCCCCAAGACGAGAUACUUUUGGCAGUGAUAAUCAAAAUGCUUUAAGACCAGACCCUUGUCACAGUAAUGCUGAAGAUGCAUCAAGAUCGUAUACUUUGGGGACUGACAAUCAAAGUUCCUCAAGACCAGACACUUCCACUACCCAUUUGGAUGUUAGUAAAUGCAGUAGAGGGGAUUUGGAGGAAAUGUAUGAAGAUACAUGUGUCUCCUUUGGAGAGGAAGAAGAGUCAGAGAAAGAUGUUGCUCAACAAAGAAAGGACUUGCAUACUGUGCCUCAGUGUGACAGGGAGAAUCAUGGAAAGGACCAGCAAGACAUGCACAAAAUGGAAACUACUAUAUGACAUGUCGCAGCUCUGUAAUGGAACAUUGUUUUGACUAAACCUGCUGAGUACGAAUGCAUUGUAAAGCUGACAUCAUUUAGCACAAGUUUUAUGAUAGAUGUCAAUAAUGUCACAUCAGCCAUCAUGCGGCAGGACCGUUCAAUAAAAUCCUGUCAGUAAUUGCCUCUUUUGCAUAAUGUUCAUUUUGUUUCAAGAAUAUAACAAUGUUUUACAUGCUUGUGAAUAUGUGAUAUUUUGAGUAAACUUUUCUAGUUUUAGACAUGGUACAAUAUAAGGACUGUAGAUUUCUCUUUUCACUGAGCUGUAGGUAUUGAUAUGAACUCAUCAAACUAUCCAACCUGACUCUUUUAUUGUCUUUGUAUUAAUAAAACAUACAUAUGGUGAAAAUG